AUGUCUAUUUCCAUGCAAUUUCAGGAGCUUGAAAACAUAAAUGAAGAUGUGCAGUUCAUGAGCAAUUGCUGCCAGGAUAUGACUAAUCACUUGAAGGCCACUAAGGAGCAAACUCAGGAUUUAAUUGUCAAAACGACAAAGCUUCAAGCAGAGAGCCAAAGGUUAGAAUUAAAAGCACACAUAGCAGAUGCCUUCAUAGCAGAAUUCCAACUUUCUCCAGAGGAGAUGAACGUCCUUCGAAGCACCAGAGAUCGGCCAGUUACUGAAGAUUUUUUUAAAGUAUUGAGGCGAAUAAAGCAAAUUCACAAUGAUGUCAAGAUUCUUCUGCGCACCAGUCAACAAAGAUCAGGUUUGGAGAUUAUGGAACAGAUGGCACUCCUCCAGGAGACGUCUUAUGAACAGCUGUAUCGUUGGGCACAAG